GUGGCGUAGGCCCGAAGUAAGCAGCUGGAGUAAGGAAACUGAUCAAUUUUGUCUCGAGCUCCUACUCGAGCUCUUACGCUCUCGGCGAAUCGAAACGCCAUCGGCCGGUGCUGAAAUACUUGGAAAACAAUGCCUGUACUUUAGCCUCUUGACGCCAAAAGCUAAUGCGUCUGCAAUGCGUGGAGUAAGGAGAGAAUUCAAUUUUAUCUCUUACUCCUACUCGUGCUCGUACGCUUGCUCUCGGCGAAUCAGAACGUCACCGGCCAGUGGUGAAGUAUCUUGAAAAUGACGCCUGUAUUUUAGCUCCCUUGCACCAAAAGCUAAAGGCUAUGGUUCUCUCGCUCUUGCUCCUCACGCCAGGCCUGCUCCACGCAGAGACGACGCAUUCGACUCCCAGGGUGGUGUAAGGAGGCGCGCGCGAACGACCGCCCGCCCCGCACUCCCCGCUUUUAGGUUAUGUCGCGCCUCGUGACCGAGGUCGGUUCUCGUUGGCGCGUGGAGGCGUUUAGGAGCGUCUAGGGCGUCUAGGGCUCGGGUGUUUGGUGCCUCGGGGUUGCUCAGUCCCGGCUCUGAAGCGCCCUGCGACCGUCUUUCCUGCGGAGCCGCCGCAUUAUCCGCGCCAGAUGUUGAAGGACCUCGGUCUUCGCCGUAGCAACGUCCUCAGGCUGUGUGCACGUAGCCGAGUAGCCGACGAGGCGAAGGUGUUCUCCGGUACGAGCGUACGCGCGGCUCUUAACAGCCGGCACGGCUCCACGGCGUCCAGGGGUUUCGCCGAGAACGACAUGGCAUCUCACUGGUUCAAAUUCGGCGACUACGGUUGCGUCGGUUUCGACCUGGACAACACUCUGCUGCGUUACAACGUGACGAAUCUGGUGCACAUGGAGUACGAGGUGCUGUCGAGAUUCCUGGUGGACGAGCGAGGAUACAGCGGGAAGCGUCUCCUGAAGCCGCUGACGGACUACGAGCUGGAUUUCAUGCAGAAGGGCUUGUUGCUGGACUGCGAGAGGGGAAACGUGCUCAAGGUGGGCGCGGACCGCGUAAUCCACAGAGCGUGCCACGGCACGCGCCUGUUGACCGCGGCGGAAAUAGAGGAGACGUAUCCCUCGCGAAGAUCGGACGUCACGGAUGCUUUCUGCCGCGACCCAAUGUCGCUCUGGAACGGCCCUCUGUCCCAGAAGUUGCGCAGCCUGCUGGAUUACUUCGAUAUAGUGGCGAGCGUCGCGUUCGCGCGGGCCGUAGACACCCUCGACGAGGAGAAGGGAUCACCCUUGGGCAGAUACGAGGUCUGGCCCGACGUGCUGGCUGGACUGGUCGCCAUGUUCUCCAGGGAGCAUUUUCAAACGGACCAGGGGGUGUUUGGUCAUAUUAAGAGAAAUCCGGGCAAGUACUUGCGUAAGUGCAGCCCGGACACGAUCUCGUGGCUGAGAGAACUGAAGAAGAGGUCCGCGACCUUCCUUCUCACCGGCUCGAACGCGGAUUUCGCCGAUUUUACCGCGAGCUACGCCCUCGGCGAGGACUGGCGAUCUCUCUUCGAUAUCGCGGUGUGUUACGCGAAGAAACCGGGAUUUUUCAUUCAAACUCGACCGUUUCUCGACGUCGUGAAUAAUAACGAGACCGAUACCGUGAGCAAGGAGCUGAGACGAGGCGAAAUGUACAGCCAAGGAAACUGGGUUGAACUACUGGAGUUUCUCGCUCGUGUAAAUCAACCGGUCGAUGGGGAAACGAACCGACGGUGCUUGUACGUCGGUGAUAAUCUCUUGCAAGAUAUUUACGUGCCAAACGUAUACGCGCACUUCGACACGCUGGCCGUAAUCGAGGAACAAAUGUCAGAAGAGAAGCCCUGCCGCCUAUUGACUGAUUCGGACAGGCAGAUCUUGAACUCGAAACUCUGGGGGUCUUACUUUCGCAUAAGAGACUUGUCGAUAGACGUGGACACUUUAUGGGGGCAUAUAAUAAUGCAGCACGCGAAACUCUCUAUACCGGAUAUCAGUUUCGUUACGCGGAUACCGUUAGACGAACGUAUCUCCUGUUUCGAUGGUAAACUCUAUGACGGAUAUUACCCUAAUAAACCAUAUUGCGUUAUCCCGCACACCAGAUGAUGUACUAUUCAAAUUGUAUAGUACAGGAGUGACAAUAUUUGAUGUCAUUGUGUCGCAUCGUUUUUAACGAAGAGAAAAUCUCUCGUCUUUUCAGGAAACCCUACGUGUUAAAAGAAUUUUGUAGGUCUUCAGUUCGCGAUUGUUUUAAUCGCAAUAUACUUGGUACAUGUAUUUCAAGACGUUAAAAUUAAUUCUCUUGCCGAAAAACUCGCAACCGAUUAUGAUCCCUAAAUUAGAGAAAUUAAUUUUCACAUUUGCGCAUGUUAUCGUCUAAUUUAGACGUGUUAUAAUUUAAGAUACGG